AUGUCGUACACACAAUACGAUCAGUAUGCCGGCAAUCCGUACAGCGAUGGUCCUAGUGCGGAGAAUGGGCAAGGCGGAGGUCAACCAGGGGCUUUGCGCCCUCAGAAUGAGAGGUCCAAUUAUUCAGCUGCCUCCCAAUACUCGAAUGCCGGUGCUCCCGCGACCACCACCUCAUCCACCAUCCUCUCGCAGCAAGACUUCCUCGCACGCGUCGACUAUGCCAAACAAGAAAUCAGAAGCCUGGGCACGAACAUCCAAGAAAUUGCGUCUCUACACCAGCGAGCCUUGUCAUCCCCAGACAGCAACUCCUCCGCUCAGCUGGAGAGCCUGGUGACGGAGACGCAGCUGAAGAACACCAAAAUCAGAGACCUGAUCAAGUAUUUGGAGCUGGACGCUAUCAAGACGCAAGACGGAUCGAAGAGCGUGAAAGCGAGGCAGGCGAAGCAAUUGAAGGGCGAAUUCGAGAAGUCCUUGAAUGACUACCAACAAGAAGAAGUCGCGUACAGACAACGAUACCGUGACCAAAUCGCAAGACAAUACCGUAUAGUCAACCCAGAGGCAUCCGAGGCCGAGGUCAUGGAGGCGUCUGAGCUGGACUGGGGCUCGGAGGGUGUUUUCCAGACUGCACUCAAAAGCAACCGAUCGGGACAAGCUUCCUCAGUUCUUGGUGCCGUUCGCGCCCGUCACAACGAGCUCCAGCGUAUCGAGGCUACCCUUACAGACCUCGCCGCUAUGUUCGCUGACAUGGCUCAAAUCGUUGAGGCUCAGGAUCCCGUAAUUGAACACACAGAGCAAAACGCCAUUCAAACCGCCCAGGAUGUGGACAAGGGAAAUACUCAGAUCGACAAGGCGAACGAGCACGCUAGACGCCGAAACAGACUAAAGUGGUGGUGCUUGUUGGUGGUUGUUCUUAUCGUUUUGGCUAUUGCCCUUGGUGUUGGACUGGGUGUUGGACUGUCUACGAAGAAGUAG